AAUCCACGACAAACGACAGCCGUUGAUCUGCAUGAUUUUCCCACUUUGAUUUUCCGUACUCAAUACGGCUGAGAACACCACAUUCCUUAUCGCCUUCCAACAAAAACCAAACCAAACCAAAAGGAAGGAAACCAACAAAGCAAUCAGAGAAACAAAAAUGAAAACGGAAAAACACAAAGUGCAGAAGGAAACGCGAAGAUUAUAACAGAUACACAGAGAGAGAGAGAGUAGAUAAUAGAAGAAACAGUUGAACCAGUUGCCGUGUUGGUGAAUCCCAGAAGGGACCCAACAAUAGGAUACGCCUGAGUCCAGCUGUUUCAAAAGUCUGAAUUCCGGAAUAUUUUUGAGAAAGGGGUCUCAAUCGUCCUCUGAGUGCGGUAUUUAAAUUCCACAACGUGUUUGGACAAUUGAGGAAAAUGAGUAUGUGACAACAGUUGAUUGGAACAACCCAUCAUUAGGUUUGGUAAUGGGUUCUGCAAACAUGGAGAAGAAAUGGCUAUUCCCUCUUGUCAUAAGCUCUGUCAUAUGCAUAUUCCUUCUAGCCACUUCCUUGAACUUGGGUCUUGUCUCUUCACGACAUGCAAUCAAUUCAAUCUUCUCAUUUUUCCCAUCUCGGGUACUAGCAAACCAAAGUAGUCUAGCUUUUGCUGAGAAUAUAGUUUCACAAGGUCCACCCCCUCCUUCAGUACCAGCAAUUCCUCGUUUUGCCUAUCUAAUUUCCGGGUCAAAAGGGGAUUUGGAAAAGCUUUGGAGAACUCUUCAAGCACUGUACCAUCCGCUGAAUCAGUAUGUUCUUCAUUUAGACCUUGAGUCACCAGUAGCAGAAAGAUUGGAGCUUGCUUCACGAGUGGACAAUGAGACGAUGUUUAAUACAGUUGGAAAUGUAUUUGUGAUUAAGAAAGCUAAUAUGGUAACUUACAGAGGACCGACCAUGGUUGCUAAUACUCUUCAUGCCUGCGCAAUUCUUCUCAGGAGGAGUAAGGAUUGGGAUUGGUUUAUCAACCUUAGCGCCUCAGAUUAUCCUCUUGUUACUCAAGAUGAUCUUUUUCACACCUUUUCACCUUUAAAUCGAAAUCUCAAUUUCAUUGAGCAUACAAGCCAACUUGGUUGGAAGGAGGAAAAACGAGCAAUGCCUUUAAUUCUAGAUCCUGGUCUCUACUCAUCAAAAAAACAGGAUGUAUUUUGGGUUACGCCCCGCCGAACAUUACCUACUUCAUUUAAAUUGUUUACUGGUUCAGCAUGGAUGGUCUUGUCACGGUGGUUUGUAGAGUACUGCGUUUGGGGUUGGGACAAUCUACCGAGGACCCUUCUCAUGUACUACACAAACUUUGUUUCUUCGCCUGAAGGCUACUUUCACACUGUCAUAUGCAAUGAGCCAGAGUUUGCUAAAACUGCAGUCAACCAUGAUUUGCACUAUAUUUCUUGGGAUAUUCCUCCAAAACAGCAUCCUCAUACCCUCAACAUUAAUGACACAAACAAGAUGAUUGCAAGUGGUGCUGCCUUUGCUCGGAAAUUCAAACGCGAUGACCCUGCCCUAGACAAGAUUGAUAAGGAUUUACUUCGUCGAAGAAAAGGAAGCUUCACUCCUGGUGGUUGGUGUGCUGGCAAACCCAAAUGCUCCAGGGUUGGGAACCCAAACAAGAUCAAACCAGGUCCAGGGGCCGAAAGGCUUCGCCGCCUUGUGGGUAGGCUUACUUUGACAGCUAAGUUUGGUCAAAACCAAUGUAAAUAGAUUCUGUGGACAUUCUUGCAAAUCGAAUUAGUGAAAGGAAAAGAAAAAGGUAAAAUGAAGAGAAAACCAUACUUCUAUUCUAUCAACAAGCAAGACAACAGUUUGUUGGAGUUUAAGGGAUCAAAUUUUGAUGCUAAGCUUGAUAGAAUUGAGACAGGUCAGUGUCCAUUGAGCAUGACCCUAAGUUGUCACAUUCUUGAACCCAAAAAGGAGUUUGAUCAUAAUUGUUUCGAUAGGUUCUACAUUUAGAACUUUACAAUCAUACAUUAUAUAUUUAGUAUACUGUUACUGUUACUGUU